UCAGAUAGUCAGUUAACAUGGAGCAGCACCAGCAGGUGGAGAGGUUGCGGGUGAGAUUGGUGCCCGCUGGAACGGCGGAGGAACGUGCCAGGAACAUCAUUGCAAAUGUGGUUCUGGAGGAUGGCCUGGUGCCCUUUAUUGAUGAGCAUGCAGCAGAAAAGGUGAACCUAAUAACCCAGGAAGCAGCUGCUCCAGUAUCCAGCUCCAGCCAGCAGCCACGCCUCCGAUACUAUGCCGUAGGACCCUCCACCUACAAACUACUGUGUCCACUCUGCCGGGAGAGGAGUGAAGCUGCUGUGAUGAGAGCAGCUAGCUGCAAGGAUGCCAGUUUCUGUCUUAGUUUGCUUUCCUGCAUCUUUCCGCUAUUUUGGAUCUGCUGUGUGUGCACCUGGUGUGGAUGCAACCGGGAAUGGACCACCAAGGGCGUUUAUUGCAGCUCGUGUGGCGGCAAAGUGGGAAUCCAGCGCAAGGCCAAAUAGGCUAUUAAACGGACCAAUUAACAUGAUAUUAAUGCCAAAUAUUUCUCCAUUCUAUAAUUCUAUUACGCAUCUAACUCAAUUAAAGACGCACAGUAAAUCAA